GCCAUUUCAAUGAAUGAGAAUUUAUAUGACAUAAUGGAUUGCUCAAAUUUAUUUCAAAAUUUUUUAGUUGUGUAUUACCAUUCUUAGCGAUGAAUCAUGAAAACAAUCUUACAAAACAUGCUGUGUCAGCGCUUUACCAAACAUACCAAACUGAAACAUAAGGAUUUUAAGCCUCGUGCUUUAUGUCGUGAUCCUCGUGGAGUCGUGGAUCGCCGAAAGUAAUUUAUCCUGACAUGGAACUCAGUGGCAAAAGAAAACGUGCCAAUUUGAGUUUGAAAAGCUUAAAGAAACCUGCCAUAAGCAAUGCAGUUAAUGGAAAUUUCACAACGUACGUAUCAAAUAAUGAAAAUUCUUAUGUUCAUGGUGAGGAACCGCCAUUAAAUACGAAUGAAACUACUGAAAACAGGAAGAAGCUGCUUGACCUGAUGCCAAUUUUUCCAAGUUGGCAGGAGGUGUCCCACCUUCCACUCAGUUCUCUAUUCAUAACCUCUGUAGAACCUAAAAAUGAUCUUAAAGAGGAUAUUAAGGAGAAAGCAUCAAACGAGAAGUCAAAAAAUGACUAUAAAGAUCUUCCGAAAGUUAGUUCUCACUUCUUAUCUCAUAAGUUCAAGGCGGACGUUCUUACGUUGAGUCGUAGAGACUUUGAUGAAAGUGGAUACGAUAAAAUGCGUAAUGAUACGCCUCGUGAAAUAAGUAGAGAGUUUGAAAUCUUCGAUGAAGAGUUGACCAUGGAAAUGUUGAAUGAUGAUUUUAAUGAAGGAAUUGUUGUUGAAAAAUGUUGUGAUACUAAGAAAGAUGAUAAUAGUAAAAACAAAAGACAAGAUCGUCGUAUUGAUGAAUUAAAAAAAUCACCUGUUGAGGACAACAGUCAUUUCGCCUUGGAAAUGCAAGAUAUAGAUUUCGAUGAGGAAAUUCUUGUUGAUAUGGAUAAUGAACCAUUGAACAUUAAAUUUAAUCUUAAAAAUUACAGUCAGAGAAACAGACAGCUCCCUCAGGCAGAUUUAUUGCUGAAGAAAGAUUAUUCUCUCGAUGGAAAACAAGUAGAUGCUGUCGCUCAAAAUUACAUUUGUAAGAGCGAAGAAAAAUUCGAAGUUAUUGAUCUCACCGAUGUUUCUGACUCCUCUAAGGAUUCAAAGAAAAGAGGAUUUGAGAAACGUAAAAUGGAGAAUGCUGCUGUGAAAGAUGAUGGAACUGGAGGAACGAAAAACAUUUUUCAUUUCAGUUUCAAUAACAGCAAUCCCAAGAUGAAUAUCGCAUGUGAUAAUGAAAAUCUUAGUGAUUGUAGAAAAAUUGUGUCAAAGAAUUGCAUCGAUGCUUUUGACGGAAAGAGAUCGGUAAAUUUAAAGGAAAGUUCAAAAAUAUCUAACGAAUCGACUUCAGAAAAGCGCAAUCGACAGAUAAAUACUGAACGUUUUUAUCGUGUUAAACCACAAAGAAAUAAAUCUUCCAAAAAUGAUUGGUUUAAGAAGAGUCAUCCUGAAAAGAGCAAAGAUAAAAGUGUUUUUAAACAAGAAACUGUAGAUGUAACGUGUUUACGGAAUCCCCUUGGUGAAGAAAUACAUAGACGCGGGGACUUAAAAAGGCUUUAUGAUCACACCACAGAAUCUGAGGGCUCUUCAUCUCGCUACGAAGGAAGAAAGAAUUUUUUUAAUUCAACCCUUGGAAAGAGCAGUCAAACAAGUAAAUAUUUCGAUGUCAUAAAUAAGCGAGACAGAACUGAUGAUUCCUUUGUGCGGAAAGAUACAUUUACAGAUAAAUGUGGGUUAUUAGGAUCAAACAAGGACCAUUUUGAAUUAGACGAUGGUCUCGAUGAGCUUCUAGCUAAGAGUUUUCAAUAUGAUUGGGAUUGUGAUGAAUUUGCUAGUGCACAAGAGAAUAACAGUUGUUCCAAAUACACAAAAGAAAUAGAAUUUAAAGAUGAUAGCAUAAGAAAGGCUAUAUUUAAACAUGAUAUACAUGACAAAGCAUUGACAAUGUCUUCUAAUGAAAUCGGGUCGCCAAUAAUUCCAUUCAAACAAAAUUCACUCAAAAUAAAAGAUUACAAAGUCUCUUCUUCUAAGGAACGUAAAAGAAAAUUGCAUACAUUAGAUGAACAUUUAAACAACGAUGACCACAUUAACACCAUAAAAACAGUUACGGAAUGUCCGUUUUGUGGGCAAGGAUUUGAUACCAGGCUCGCUAAGAGGGAUAUUGAUGAACAUAUAAGAUUUUGCUGCACAAAAACUAUUGGUAAUGACGAUGGGUUAAGUUGGUAGACGAUAUCCAUGUGUGCUCGAUGUUGUGGCCAACGAUGAAGUGAUUCGAGUGUACAUGAAGCCUCAUAAUUAAAGCUUCAUGUUUCCUGUUGUCUCUUUUUCUUGAAAAGCUACUGUCGCAUGAAUCUCGUCUGGAUAGACUUGGGGUGACGAUGAAAUGGAGUAGAAUCUCUGAAAGGUGCGAAAUGACUUGACAUUGUACUUAUAUGCCAUUAAUUGUACACGCGUCAUUCAAAAAAGGGCCUGAAUUCGAGUUUUCGAUGACCUGAGAAGUUUGGAUUUUAUUGCUUUUUUUGACGUGCACAAGUAAACACCAACAUAUAACUUACGGGUUGCAGUCGAGGUAGUUGGGUCAGCAAAAGUGCUGCUGGUACUUUAAGGGAUGAAAAAUCUUGAAUGACUUCAACGAUAUUUUUGUUUUUAUGAUAUUUCCAUUCUUCGUAUUCGGAUUCUCCCUGGGAGAAGUCAAACAAAUGGUGGACAGAUUGCAUGCUUUUGUUGAAUCAUGUGAUAAUCAUGUUUUGUUUUUGUUAUAUUGUUACCUUUCCUAAAAUUUCCAGUUCUUUUUUUUCGGCUUCAUUAGAGGUCUAUUUAACAAUGCCAUACAAUGUCUAAUUUUAAAGAGGACAAUGCAAAAACAAAUCUAUCUUUCAUAUUGUGCUUACCAGCGUGGAGAGAUAGGUUAAAAUUUGUGGCGAUGGUGUAGAAGUAAUGUCGAUGUAUCUCGAAAAGGCUUCUCUUAAGGGAAAUAUAUUGAUGGUAUUCAUGACAUCUUUACAUGGUCGCACACCAAGGAUCAAUCAAGAAAUAAUAAGAUAAACAAGCCAAGUUGUUUACUUUUUUCCAAGAUUAUUCUAUUCAUCAUUACUUCAUGUUGUAUAAACAUUGUAGAUGUUUACCUGAUUCCUCUCUACAUGUCUGCAUGGUGAGCGCUUUGUCAGGUUGCGGUGCGUUGUGUAGUUUAUUGAGCAGCGUGCUUACAAGUUUUACGUUAUUGGCAGGAAAUAUAGAAACGUGAUCGCCUGGUUUGAAUGACAUAUUUUUCUCUCCGUUUGUAUUGAUUUUCACCAAAAGUGUGGCACGGCUAGUGAUAAAAGAAAAUGAAGUUAUUGGUCUGCACAAGUGCUGAUGACAAACGAGCUUUAAAAGACUCUAAAGUUGGUUGCUUAUCCAGUUUACUUCUAAUUGUUUCAAUAAUUUACUCUACCUUGCAUCGCCGGACUGCAGAUUAAUUUGUUCAAUCAAUUUACAUGGGUGAAUUGUUCCACGAUAAAGAUCACUCAGGCCUUUGGAGGAUAGGGAAAAUAAUGGAUGAAUAAAUAACCGAGUUAAGCGUGGUUGGUAUAUCUGAGAGUGGUUAAAAUAUCGAUAGAAUUAUAAUAAAAAAGACCUUUAGUCCACCCAAUAAUCUCAUAAACAUAUCAUGAUGUGGAUUUAGAUGAAACAGACAAUGUAAACGUGCUCUUGAAAGACCCUUUUCUAAUUCUUGUAUUUUGUUCUUUCAAGCUUGAGUUAAGAUAAAGUUAUCCUUUGUACUCCCCAACAAGUCGUAUUGUCUCACACGCCUACUUUCCUAUGUACAAUUUUGACGAAUGUCUUCUUACUAGAAAAGAGUUGUUUACUUACUGA